CGUAAGUCAGUUUGAUUUUUGUUUCCUCACCUCCCCGAUCGUCGGAGGAUGUAGAAGGUGGCGGCGGCGGCUCUCACCUGCUUCAUCGCAGUUUAGAAAUGACUAGAGGAGAUCGACGUAGCUCCCCGAGUUUCUUCUCCGGCUCGAAGCGGAGUUGGCUAGGGUUUCACGGUGGCUCACGGUCGCCACUUCUAUUGAUUCCGAGCUGAUAGAUGAUGGUGGCUCGAGGUCAAUCGUGCGUAUGGGUUUGCGGCUCCGAUCAUCCCUGUGACGGAAAUCGAGCGGCGGAUCCCGCAGCUGAGGGGUGAUGACGGCUAUCGUCGGAGGUAUUUCGUGCUCGCUUUCUCUUUUCGGGAGUUUCAGCGACGGCGGUUCAUGUGAUGGGGUUAGGUCCUGCGGUAAGAUACGGUUCCUCCGGCUUGCGGGAUUGGUGGCUCCGGUCUCGGGUUGUUGGCGGUGGCUGUGCUCGCAACCGUCGAAUAAGGGAUAGCCUCGUUGAGAGAAUAUCGGUUUUAUUUCCGGUUUAAAUCUCAUCAACAAACCAUCUCUAAACCGGGUUGUACUUAUGAAUUGAAAACAUCACGUAGUUUUAUUAUCUCUUCUAUCUGAAAACAGCACGCAUGUUAUAGCAUUUUGAAUGAUUUUUUAUAAGGGAUUAUUUAGAGGCCUAAGGCGCGUAAAGAAGAGCUAAAAGCGUAACAGAAGAAUCUCUCUCAGUCGCAACAGUUUCCGGUUACUCCAAGAUCGCCGUCGUGCACCUUUCUUCUCUCGCUCUCUGGUUCUGAGGUUAGCUCGUAAAUCUCAUCGACCAUCACUUCUUCUACUACUCGUUCCAAUUACCAUAGUACGAAGACAUUGCUCGAGAAUCUCUCAGUCGCAACAGAGUCCGACUACUCCAAGAUCGCCGCCGUGAACCUUUCUUCUCUCGCUAUCUGUUUCUGAGGUUGAUGUUUCUUGUAACCGCAACUUUGCAAAGGGUUGGCUAUAUCGUUCCUUUGAUGCUUAGAUGAGAAAUUUGAUAGCUUUUCUGGAGAAUUCCCAAAGGAAAUCAGUGGAAAUGAGAUAAUUUAGGGAUUAAACUGAGUAAUUGAUUGUUGGAGAUACACUUGUGUUUGGAUAUUCGAUUUGGAUUGUAAAGAUCAGUUUAUCCAGUAGUCUAACUUUUCAAUUGCCUUCCACCGUUCAGUUUUUGGUUUCAGGUUCGAGAAAUUAAUAAACAUGUCAGUUCUAAUUGACACGGAUUUAGGGAUUGUGUUUCUUGAUCUCUACACGGAUUAAUGCCCUAGCACCUGCUAUAAUUUUCUUAAGCUGUGCAAUACUACCAUCAGUGCCUUAUCCACACUGUAAAGGAUUUCAUAGCAAAAACGGGUGAUCCAACAGGCACAGGAACGGGUGGAGACUCAAUAUACUAACUUUUGGGAGAUGACAAUGCUAGGUUUUCAGCGAUGAGAUUCAUGCCGAAUUGAAACAUUCAAAUACUGGCACCGUUGCCAUGGCUAGUUUUGGAGAAAAUCUCAAUGCUUCCCAGUUUUAUAUCACACUUUGUGAUGAUCUAGACUGUCUUGAUGGGAAAUACACUGUGUUUGGGAAGAUUACCAGCGGGUUUGAAACUUUGACUUGUAUAGCCAAAGCUUCUGUUGAUGCGAAGAACAGACCAAAUAAAGAUAUCAGGAUACGACACACAUAUAUACUUACAGAUCCAUUUGAUGAUCCCCCACAACUGGCUAAGAUGAUACCAGACGCUUCCCCCAAGGGAAAACCGAAGGUCGAGGUCACAGAUGACAUGCAACCCAGAGAGGAUUGGGAUAUAAGGGAUGCAGAAUUUGACUUUCUGGAACUAAACGAGGCCUUCGCCGAAAUGGCUGCCAAUCCUGUUGAAGUUGCAAUUAAUUCUAUGAUCAUAAGAGAUAUUAUGGAGGAUCCUGAGAAUGAGGGCCCCCACAAUAUGCGUUCAGACUUUGAACCUCUCUUAUCAGUGCUCCGCCUCCGGGAUUACGAGACAGGUGACAUCAUAGAGUUUGAUAGUACAGAGGCAAGUGAAGAAGCGCUUUCUGACAUUACAGAGUUUGGGAGUACGGAGGCAAGUGAAGCACAUUUUGAGCAGGAGCCUUACUCUGCACGCAUAAAGAAAGUAGAGAAAGAAAUCAAUGAGCUCGCCGAGAAGAUCUGCAAUCUUGGUAUCAAGGAGUCCGAUACUGGUUUAGCUCCUCCCAAUCAAUGGGAUCUUGUAUCUGAUAAGCAAAUGAUGCAAGAGGAGCAACCUCUGCUUGUUGCGACAUGCACACAGAUAAUCAGUCCAAACACUGAAGAUGCAAAGUAUGUCGUUGAUAUCAAAAAGAUAGGCAAGUAUGUUGUUGGACUUGGCGAUAAAGCUUCUCCCACUGACAUAGAAGCAGGAAUGCGUGUGGGAGUUGAUCAGAAGAAAUAUCAGAUACAGAUUCCUCUACCUCCAAAGAUUGAUCCUAGUGUGACCAUGAUGACGGUUGAAGAGAAACCUGAUGCAACUUACAGUGAUAUCGGUGGCUGCAAGGAGCAGAUUGAGAAGAUUAGAGAGGUCGUUGAACUGCCAAUGCUUCAUCCAGAGAAAUUUGUGAGGCUUGGAAUAGAUCCUCCCAAGGGUGUUCUUUGCUAUGGUCCUCCUGGUAGCGGAAAAACCCUUGUCGCUAGAGCUGUGGCGAAUAGAACUGGUGCUUGCUUUAUCAGGGUUGUUGGCAGUGAGCUCGUUCAGAAGUACAUUGGUGAAGGAGCUAGGAUGGUUCGUGAACUGUUUCAGAUGGCACGGUCAAAGAAAGCUUGCAUUUUGUUCUUUGACGAAAUUGAUGCCAUUGGCGGUGCAAGAUUUGAUGACGGUGUAGGCAGUGAUAAUGAAGUCCAACGUACCAUGCUUGAGAUUUUGUAUCAGCUUGAUGGGUUUGACGCACGUGGUAACAUCAAGGUUCUUAUGGCAACAAACAGGCCUGACAUACUAGACCCAGCUCUUUUACGUCCUGGACGUCUUGACCGCAAGGUUGAGUUUUGUCUGCCUGAUCUGGAGGGCAGAACACAGAUCUUCAAGAUUCACACACGAACAAUGAGUUGUGAAAGAGACAUCCGGUUUGAACUCCUUGCUGGCCUCUGCCCAAACUCAACCGGAGCUGAUAUCAGAAGUGUAUGCAUAGAAGCCGGAAUGUAUGCAAUCGGAGCUAGGAGAAAGUCUGUGACUGAGAAGGACUUUCUGGACGCAGUGAACAAAGUUGUUAAAGGUUAUCAAAAGUUCAGUGCAACACCCAAGUAUAUGGCCUACUACAUUUAGAAAGGUAGAGAGAAGUCGUUUUAUUUUCUUCACAAAGCUCCUGAUGCAAAACUCAGCAACUCUUACCUUUUGUGUCUCUCUCUACCUUCAAUCUCUUUGCAGAACUUGUAUAGUUUUUUUUUUGUUUUUUGGAAACAUAUUACAAUAAAACAGGUAUUUGGGAAACAUAUUGUUACUGUUAAACAUAAUACAAUGAUAUAAAAAGAUGAGUUGCAUAAUGUAA